GAACAAUAUUAAUGUCAUGAUAAUAUAUUGUAAUGUUUCGUACUAAAACAUAUUAAUAUCAAAUUAUAAAAUAUCAAUUAUCAAUUAUAAAUACUAAAUAGUAAUAGAAAAGUUCAACUACCUAUGAUUGUGUAUUAGUAAAACUGUAAAAGUGAAUUUCGUUUUAUAAUUUUAAUGUUUGUGAGCUAAUAGAAAAAUGUCUAGUAUUUACGCCGAAAAGAAACCAAGUGAUCGGUCCAGGUGGAUAUGCAUAUACCCAGCGUAUUUGAAUAAUAAAAAAACGUUGGCCGAGGGACGUAUCGUACCGAAAAAAUUUGCAGUGGAAAACCCUACUUACCAAGAGAUUCUCGAAGUGGUCAAGGCAUCUGGUUUCAACGCCGAAGUUGAAAACAAGCAGUAUUCCCGUGAAUGUAGUAAAGAAUGGCACUUUCGUGGUCGGAUACGGGUGCAACUUAAGAAUGAUGACGGAACACCUUUCAACCAAAUGUUUCCUUCGAGAGAGAGUUUGAUGAAACAUUGUGGUGUACAAAUACCAAAACUAAAAAGUCGUGUUAUGAAAGUAGCUGGCCCUGAACAACAUCAAAACAAAAACGAACCAAGUGGAAGCAAAAAGAAAAAAGGUCGUAAAUAAAAUGCUGCUGAGAAAAUGAUUUUAUUUAAGCUCUUUUAUAUUAUUUUUUUUGUCAUAUUUUUGUUAUGAAUCAAGUUGUGAAAAUUGAUUAUAAUAAAUACAAUAUUAAAAUUGA